ACAAGAUCUCCUUAUAUGCAGCAGCUUCCUCGUCUCAGCUUCCAUCUCUUCUUCGUAAGGAAGACCACCAUAGGAAUCCCACAUAUAGGAGAGAUAACGGGGAAGGGAAAAAUGUUACUUGUGCUAUUUAUCUUUAGUUCUUGUCAGAUCUUAUAUAAGAAAUCUUCAGUUCUUGUCAGUCAAGGAAUCUAGGGAUGGGGUUGAUAGCUUGAUUAGUAAUAAUGUACUUCAUUUCCCUUCGCUUAUUGGCUUGCUCGAGAAAAUUUCAUCUAAUUAAUUUGGUCCUUGUUUCUCCUCUGACCUCCCCCCACCCUCGUAAACUACUGCUCAACAGAAAAGAAGAAAAGUGAAGAAAAAAAAUUAGAUGAAGGGUAAACUUUGGUUCGUGGUUUAGACUGCAGGGUUUGGAAAAGGUUCGAUGUUGAUUGUUAUAUUUGUUAGCAAAGUGCUUUGGUUCUGGAGAUCUUUAGAUACUCAAGUGAAGUUUUAUGGGCUUGCUUUGACAGACUAGAGCUUGGGUUGUCUUCUUUCAAACGAGUGCUCCUUAUUGGUUACUCUGAUGGAUUUCAAGUCCUGGAUGUUGAAGAUGCUUCAAAUGUUUGUGAACUAGUUUCGAGGCGUGAUGAUCCAGUAGCUUUUCUACAGAUGCAACCCAUCCCUGCAAAAUCUGAUGGUCGUGAAGAAUAUAAGAAAUCACAUCCCUUGCUCUUGGUUGUGGCAUGUGAUGAUAGUGCAGAUUCAGCUCCAGUUCAAACUGGGAAGGAUGGUUUCAUUGAGCCUCAGGGAGGAAGCAUUAUACACUCACCUACAGCUGUACGCUUUUACUCUUUAAGGUCUCACAACUAUGUUCAUGUUUUGCGAUUCCGCUCUACUGUGUUUAUGGUUAGAUGCAGUCCGAAGGUAGUGGCUGUUGGUCUUGCAGCACAGAUCUAUUGUUUUGAUGCUCUUACCUUAGAGAACAAGUUUAGCGUGCUCACAUAUCUUGUGCCGCAGUUGGGUGGCCAAGGUGUGACUGGGGUUAACAUUGGCUACGGUCCCAUGGCUGUAGGACCGAGAUGGUUAGCAUAUGCUUCAAAUAAUCCGCUGUUGUCAAACACAGGGCGCUUGAGUCCCCAAAGUCUUAGUCCUUCUCCAGGUGUUAGCCCUUCUACAUCACCUGGUAAUGGAAAUCUGGUAGCUAGGUAUGCCAUGGAAUCAAGCAAACAUUUAGCUGCUGGAUUGAUCAAUCUUGGAGACAUGGGAUACAAAACUUUGUCAAAAUACUGUCAUGAACUUCUUCCUGACGGGAGUAAUUCACCAGUGUCAACAAGUUCUAGCUGGAAAGUUGGGAGGGUUCCAGCACAUUCACCUGAAACAGAUGCCACGGGCAUGGUAUAUUCUACUUAAUGCUUGUUUGUAUUAUCAAGAUGCUUAUGAAAACUAACUUAAUUGAGAAGUUCUGUUGAAAAUGAAACCAAGCUUCAUAAGGAAAGGGAAGGAAGGGCUUCAUGUUUAAAGUUUGUUGACUGUUAUAUAGCUAUUUUUCGCUGUUCUGCUGAUUUUGACAUUGUGAUGGCCAUAUCUCCCAAAGAUUAAAUUGUGUACAGUUGAGGACAGGAUAUCUGCUAUUCGUGCAUGUUUACAGCUCAUCGAAACUUUUCAUUUGCUGGUCCUAUCUCACACUUUAUGAUUUCUUUUGUUGCUGGUGCAUCAGAUAUUCCUUCUUUAGCAUGAUGCCAGGCAUAAAUAUUCAGUGAAUUAUCUUCAUCGUUAGUUUGGCGUUAUACUUGAGCUCUUGAACCUGUUGGAUCCUCUCUGUAAUUGGCAAUUAAAUUGAAUGAAGCAUAAUAAGUGCAAUACUAUUCCUACUUUGUUCCCUCCUAACCCCAGAGCUUUGGUUCAAUGGUAAAAGUUGUAUACGAGAAUAUGUGGUAAGUACACGUCACGAGGUUGAAACCUAACUGGUGAAUAAAGUCUGUAAGUGGAGAAGGGUAAGGGGGCUGGUCAUAUAGCAAGUUUCUAAGCUGGAAUCAACGUUUUUCUCGUUUAUUAAGCAAAUUAUUACUGUCAUAAGACAAGUUGAAUGUUAAAUUUUACUUUUUCGACUAUCCAGAAUUAAGCUCUAUUAUCCUAAGUAGCAUUCUACAACCCGAUAUUAGAGGACAACUAGAGCAAAACAAGAUCUCUCUCUCUCUCUCUCUGUCUUAAAUGAGAGUAGUUUGUCG